AUGGCCAACGGGGAGCCUAUUCUCUGGAGUCUCUACGUCUACUCCCCAAACAAAGGAGCGCCGGUCUUCUUCACCAUCGCCUAUGUGGCCUCUGCCGCAGCGCAUAUUUGGCAGUGCCAGUACGUACACUUUACCUUCGAGCCCAUUGGCCAUCUCCUGACUGCAGUGACACUCUUCAGUCGAUACCGGUCCUGGCGGCUGCUCGGUCUCUACCCCCUCUGCGGCGUGCUGUUUGCACUCGGCUACGCGUUGCGGGAAUACGGAGCGUACCACUAUCUAUAUGAUGAGGAAAACUCGACAGUUUUGAUUGCUUUUAUUCUGAGCCAGGUGUUCAUCUAUGUUUGUCCGUUCGUAGAUUACUCCUGGGUUACUAUCACCCGGACCAAUCCACUCACUGACUUACCUAGGCCACUGCUUGAACUCGCCAACUACCACGUUCUCGGCCGGAUAUUCCACUAUGUACCCCAUCUAACUCCCCUACCCCCCAACCGAGUGACGUCCACUUUCGGCGCGUUGAUGGCCCUGAUAGAGCUACUGAACGCCCUCGGUGUCUCGCUCUCGUCGAACCCGUCUUCGUCAACGAGUCAACAGAAUAUUGGGAGUCAUCUGACCAUUGCUGCGCUCGCGAUGCAGCUUGCGGUGAUUCUAUCCUUUGUCGUCCUCGCGGGAAUAUUCCACUGGCGGCUCACCAAAGAAGUGAUUCCCACCAGGAAGGCCAUAUUGCCCCUUUACACGCUCUACAUGAGCAUGUCGCUCAUUUUCAUCCGGUGUAUCUACCGCCUAAUCGAACAUACGGGGCAUACAACAGUGGAUAUUAACGAUAUGGAAGUGCUGAAGUCGUUGACCCCCGUCCUGCGCUAUGAGUGGUUCUUCUACGUCUUCGAAGCAACACUCAUGCUGCUCAACAUGGUGCUAUGGAAUGUAUGGCAUCCUGGGCGUUAUUUGCCGGCAAAUGUUAGAGUUUAUCUCGGGAGGGAUGGGAGGGAGGCUGUACGGGAGGAAGGCGAAGAUACAAGGACAGUGCUCGCAAAGACAGUCUCCGCCUUGAGCUUUGGGGUUCUUUCUAAAAGAGUUUGGCGAUGGUACCUUGACAUGCUGAGAAAGCGCGUGGUGCCAGUCCCAGGUCAGGGUCAAUACAAGAAGCAGCAGCUUCCGAAGUCGGCGCUUGGCAGCUCUAGCAUAUACGGAGUUACAGAGAUUGAGACUUGA